AUGGAAGAAGCCAUGGAAAAUAGUAACACUCGCGGCUAUUUCAACUCGGCUCAAGCUAUCGCAGAUUAUGCAGAGGUGAUAUUAUAUGUUAAACAGAAAUUAUCGGCACAUAAUUCUCCGGUAAUCGUUGUUGGAGGAUCCUAUGGAGGAAUGCUGGCUUCAUGUUUUCGGCUAAAGUACCCCCACAUUGCUCUUGGUGCUCUCGCCUCGUCGGCUCCUAUUCUUUACUUUGAUAAUAUCACUCCACAAGAUGGAUAUUACACAGUUAUUACCAAGGAUUUCCGAAGUCGCAUCUCUUCCCAAUGGCCUUUUAAUCCUCAGCCAAACAUUCAGGACUUGCAGGCAAGUAGGCAAUUUUUGCUUCUCAUAAAACAUUCUUCAGCGCUCAAGAACUAUUUAGAUUCAAUAUACACUGAAGCAGCUCAAUAUAAUCAUCCACCAGAAUAUCCGGUAACGAUGAUCUGUGGUGGCAUUGAUGGAGCAGCUGGAAGAACUGAUAUACUUGGCCAGAUAUUUGCAGGGAUUCAUGCUUAUAUAGGGGAUAGGUCAUGCUAUAAUAAAGAUGAAUACAGUUACUCUAGUGAAACUGAUAUGGGUUGGAAUUGGCAGACUAAUAUAGGGACAAAGUCAGCCUAUGGUCCAGGUGAAAGUAAUAUAGGGUGGAGCUGGCAGACUUGCAGUGAAAUGGUGAUGCCUAUUGGCCGUGGUAUCAAUGAUACGAUGUUCCCACCAUCACCGUUCAAUUUACAGAGUUUCAUCAGUAAUUGUAAGAGCUACUAUGGCGUCACUCCUCGACCUCAUUGGAUCACAACCUAUUAUGGAGGCCAUGAUAUCAAAAUGGCUCUCCAUAGGUUUGGUAGCAAUAUCAUUUUCUCUAACGGCCUCAGAGAUCCGUAUAGUAGUGGCGGUGUGAUGGAGGACAUAUCAGACAAUGUUCUUGCAGUUUAUACUGCUUAUGGAUCGCAUUGCUUAGAUUUACACCCGGCAAGAAAAGAUGAUCCACAAUGGUUGGUGAUGCAAAGGCAGGUAGAGGUGAAUAUCAUUGAAGGAUGGAUCAAAAACUACUAUGCUGAUCUUGUCGCAUUGCAAAGUUGA